GUUUUAAUUUAGGGGUGGGCUUAGCGCCAAACCCAAAUGCGAAGCUAGGGAUCCCCUUUCAUGGAGCUUUGCCGUCCUUGAGGAACCGACGGAGAAUUUAAACAGGGCAUGAUGACUCACCAUCCAAGGCGGACAGUGUUCCAUCGAGUCUCCAAUAAUGCACCUGCCCGAGUGCGAGUUUGCGUGCGACUGCGCCCUGGUGUGGGAACCGGACAGGGUCAAGACGCUCCUUGUGUACGAGGCGUAGACUCCCGUUCCCUGGAGAUUUUCAACUGGAGGAAUGAAAUGGAGACAAUGAAAUACCAAUUUGAUGCUUUUUAUGGUGCAUCAGCCAGUCAACAUGAGAUCUACAUGGGAUCUGUUCAGCCUAUUCUGCGUCAUCUCUUGGAGGGACAAAAUGCCAGCAUUUUAGCUUAUGGACCUACUGGAGCAGGCAAGACACAUACAAUGCUGGGGACUCCAGAUCAGCCUGGGGUCAUCCCUCGAGCUGUUCGAGAUGUCCUGCAAAUGACCAGAGAUGAUUCAGCAGAUGGAUGGAAAUACUCCGUCUCCAUGUCCUACUUGGAAAUCUACCAGGAGAAAGUUCUGGACCUCCUCCAGCCCUCCCUUCAUGACUUGCCCAUCCGAGAGGAUCGCAACCACAAUAUCUUGGUUCCUGGUUUGACGCAGAAGGAAAUCACAAGCUUUGCAGAUUUUGAAAGCUGCUUCUUGCCUGCCAGCAGCAAUCGGACAGUGGCAUCUACGCAGCUCAACCAGCGCUCCAGCCGCAGCCACGCGGUCCUGCUGCUGCAGGUGAGCCAGACCCAGAGCUGGCCACCCUAUGCACGCCGGGCCGCCAAGCUUUGCCUGAUUGACUUAGCUGGUUCCGAAGACAACAGGCGGACGGGCAACAAAGGCGUGCGUCUGAAGGAGAGUGGGGCCAUCAACACGUCUCUGUUCGUGCUCAGCAAGGUGGUGGAUGCCCUCAACCAGGGGCUGUGCCGGGUGCCCUAUAGAGACAGCAAGCUUACACGUCUGCUUCAGGAUUCUCUGGGCGGCAGCGCUCACAGCUUGAUCAUUGCCAACAUUGCCCCAGAGAAGAAGUACUACUUUGAUACCCUCACAAGCCUCAACUUUGCUGCCAAAUCCAAGCAGGUGGUGAACAAACCCUUCACUCAGGAAGCCCUACCAGAGAUUGGAGCGCCCAAGAGACCUCUUGAAUGCGUCAGUAACACAGGCCCGGAAGCAAAGAAACCUUGCUUAGAGGAGGAACAGCCCAGUGCAGCCGAGGAGAAGCCACUCAGUUCUUUGCUGCCUCUGGAGAAUCUUGAGCCAUCCGUUGUUGAACGGCUGCUGCGGUUGGAGGCCUUGGAAAAAGAGCAGGCGAGGGCCGGGAGUAACGGGUUGGCUCUCCUCAACACGCCGCGCAAGGAACGGAUGGAUAUUUUGAAGAUGUUGGAUGAGACUAGGCGUGAGCUACAGACUGUUAAAGAAAAGCAGAAAGAGAUGGAAACCAGGGCUCUGCAGGACAAAGCACUUGCUCCGCGGGUAGUUGUCAAGCCCCAGAAACAGGUAGCUGUGUUGCCCCUCCAGCAAGUGCAGGCAGCAGAAAAGACAGAGGAAGAAGAAGGUGUCCUCAUUGUAAAACAGAAGAAAGGAGGCCGAAAGAGAAAGGCUUCUGCUCUUCCUUCAGAAAACAAGGCUACCCCUGAGUGGGAGUUGAAAUUACGUCCUGACCUGCUGGCUCGGAGCAAGGAGAGCAUCCUGUCCAUUCUGAACACAGGCUCCGUGAAGGAUCUUUUGGCCUUGCACCGGAUCGGCAAGAAAAAGGCUCAGCUCAUUGUGGGCUGGAAAGAGCUCUAUGGGCCGUUUGAGAAGAUUGAGGACCUCGAAAAAGUUCACGGCAUCUCAGCCAACCAAGUAGCAUCUUUUCUGAAGGCAAAUGUUCUCAACUAUGUUGGAGACAUUCAGUAACCAUAUUGGAUCUACAGAAGUUUUUCCCCGUACCUUUGAUUUUUAUCUACCGUGACUGGAUUUUAGUUUUAUGUAAUAUCAGUGCAUUUAGAUGUGUUAAAUAUUAGAUCUGUGAUAUAUUUAAUUCUGCCUUACAAUUAACACAACAUUCACUGUUAUUAAAAUACCCCACAUAAGGGGGAAAACACACUUUUUAAAGACAGAAAAAUAAGGAAGAGAGAAGAGAGUCAAAGGAGGUGAUCAGCUUCUAAAGGAAGAAAGCAUUUUUGUUGUUUUCUUGCAUGGGAUGUGACUGGGUCCUUCAAGAUGCAUAUGCAAACAGUGUAGAUUUAUAUAGUUUUAAAUAAGUUUUUUUGCAACCCUG